AUGCCGACCAUCACGGAAUAUUUUGGCAGUGGACUCACCAACAACGGUCCACUAACAACAACCUACACGCCUCCCACAAGCUGCACAACCGUAACGACAGACCAAAUCCUUUUUGCGCACCCCGACUUUAUAACAGUCAGUUACGGAGCCCCAACAUGCGAGACUACUUCAAUGGGAAAAUGCAUCCCAUCUGGCUCCGAUUAUGACAAGGUGGUCUCCUACUACAAUAAUUACGGAGGUCAGGGCACUAUUGACUAUUAUUCACCCGGCAUAUUUUGUCCCAAGGGUUGGACUACAGCUGGUACGUUAGCACAUGGCAACAAGACAGGUUCUGUCGAGAGGAGUGGUGUCUUCACGGAGACGACAAGUACGUUGCCAGGCGUGACUGUUGUUGAUCCGAAUAUGCCGCUUGAACAAGUGUGGCUUAAUGCACUGGGUCCCUCUGAGACGCUUGCGUAUUGCUGCCCUAGUGGCUGGGUUGCUGCAAAAGAAGGAGGUUGCUUCUCGUCAAUCAAGCCCUUGAAAUCAGCAACAUACACAGAAGCCUGCUUUAAAUACCGACCGCCAAGCGCGAUGCAUUCCGUCUACACGGUCGAGGGAAGCAAGGUGUCAGAAUUCCUGUACUCAGCGGUAACGGCGGAGCCAACGUCAGCGAUUUGGCCAAUGUCAGUCUUGCAAACUCAGUCGAGAUUCAAAUAUGACGAACUUGCAGUUGCUAGACGGUUUCCUGCUGUGAAACUUGUAUACAAGGAGUCGGAUCUGAAGCCAACUGGGGGUGGAGAUGAAAGUAACAACGGAGAUAAUAGCCAUGAUGACGAAAAAGACGAUGAAGAGGAAGAGGACGAUGAUAACGGAGCCUCCACAUGCUUAUUGGCGCUGGUUUAG